UGGAAUAAAUACCCUCUUCAGACAUGGAGCACGUAACAUUGAAAAACAAGAGGACAACACUUGAAAGAGCAGACAAAUUUAUAUCUCCUAUCUAUUUCAAAGAUGUCAAUCUUAGAGGAAGGUUAUAUAGUGACCACCAUCCUCUGAAAUCAAUAACCCACUUUGCAGCAUCAGGUAGAAUUCCUUUUUCACAAGCCAUCAAAGGAAAAUUCACCAAAGCAGAGGUUGGACAGUCCUUUGGACCAACCUGGUCUACCCACUGGUUCUGUCUGGAGAUUGAGAUUCCAGCUGGAUGGAAGAAGGAGGAGAUACAUCUUCUGUGGAACUCAAACACAGAGGCCAUGGUGUGGCAGGAUGGAAACCCAAUACAGGGUCUGAGUGGAGACUAUGACAGGACCUCAUUCCCUCUGUCUAAAGCCAUGGGGAAAGACAAGAAAAGGUGCUCCCUGUACAUAGAGAUGGCCUGUAAUGGCAUCCUUGGUGUGGGUGGGGACUCCAUGAUUGGUCCCCCCGACAUGAACAGAACCUUCACCCUGAGUCAGGCUGAGAUAGCCAUAUUUGACAGAGAGGUGUAUGACUUAAUUUUGGAUGUGGAAACACUUCAUGACAUGGCAAAGCAUAUGACAGAAGAAACUGAAAGAGGAUACCAAGCGUUAUACACCGUGAAUCAUCUGAUUAACUCCCUUGACCUCAAUGACAGGUCUACAUAUGCAAAAGCUCAUCAGAUUGCAGAGAAGUUUUUUCAACAAAGAAAUGGAGAGAGUCAGCAUGUGAUGUAUGCCAUGGGACAUGCCCACAUGGACUCUGCCUGGUUGUGGCCGUAUGCUGAAACCAUCAGGAAGUGUGCCAGGAGUUGGUCAUGUACCAUCAGACUGAUGGAGCAGUACCCAGACUUCAAUUUCACCUGCUCACAGGCUCAGCAGUAUGAAUGGGUGAAAGACCAUUAUCCAGGACUGUACACACAAAUCAAGGAUUUUGUUAAGAAAGGCAGGUUUAUUCCUGUUGGAGGCACUUGGGUAGAAAUGGAUGGGAACUUGCCAAGUGGUGAAGCCUUUGUUCGUCAGUUUCUGUAUGGACAGAGAUACUUCAUGCAGGAAUUCAACAAAAAAUGUGCAGAGUUUUGGUUACCCGACACAUUUGGCUACUCCCCUCAGCUGCCCCAGAUCAUGAAGAUGUUUGGAAUUUCUAGGUUCCUGACCCAGAAAAUCAGCUGGAGUCUGGUCAAUAAGUUCCCUCACCAUACAUUUUGGUGGGAGGGGAUAAAUGGAUCCCAAGUUCUGACUCAUUUUCCUCCAGGGGAUUCCUAUGAAAUGAAAGGCAAAGUAGAGGAGGUUCUGAGAACAAUUAAGAAUUUCAAAGACAAAGGUCGCUCAGGCAAAAGUGUGUACUUGUUUGGUUAUGGAGAUGGAGGAAAUGGACCAUCAGAGGACAUGCUGCUAAGGAUGCAGAGACUGAAAGAUACAGAUGGCCUCCCUAAAAUACAACAGAAAACACCACAGGAAUAUUUCUCUGAUGUAGAAAGAGAGGAUCUUGGGAAUUUGUGUCGUUGGAGAGGAGAACUUUAUCUAGAGUUGCAUAAUGGAACCUACACAACACAUGCCAAAGUAAAGAAGAUGAAUCGUUUUUGUGAGUUUCGUCUCCAUGAUGUAGAAUUUCUAUCAUCUGUUGCUAACAUUCUGUCCAUGCAACACAAAGGCUCAUUCAAAUCCCCAACAAAUGAACUCCUAAGGCUGUGGAAGCUCCUCCUUCUCAAUCAGUUUCAUGAUGUCCUACCAGGCUCCUCUAUUGGAAUGGUUUAUGAUGAUGCUCAUCAGUACUAUGAUGAAAUAGUUACCAGUUGCCAACAACUGUACACAGAUGCAAUAACUGGUAUCUUUGAAGGAUCGGCCGGGCCUGACCCAUUUAGCAUGGUUAUAAACUGCAUGGGCUGGCAAAGAAAGGAAGUUAUUACCAUAUCAAAUACACCAACAGGAAGUCCAGCCAAGAAACAGAAGAAAUCCAAGGAAUUUGUUCAACAUGACGGGAAUGGGAACACUCUUGCCAUGGUAACAGUCCCAAGCUAUGGGUAUGCCCUGGUGAAACCAAUCAAGAGUGAUGACAUCUACUGCACUGCUACAAUGACGAGUAGUUCAUGUGUCCUACAGAAUGAGUCUAUCUGGGCAGAGAUUGAUCAACUAGGGAGGAUAACGACCUUACGAUUGAAUGCUGGAACAUUUAGAAAUGCAAUGAGUAGUGAGACCUUUGGCUAUGGUAACCAGUUUGUACUAUAUGAUGACAUUCCCCUGUUUUGGGAUGCAUGGGAUGUAAUGGAUUAUCAUCUAGAAACCAGGAAACCAAUUGUGACCUCUAUCAAGCCAGCAGAGGUUCUGGACAGUGGUCCUUUGAGGGUGUCUGUGGUCAUCCAGCUGAAGAUCAGUGACCAGAGCUCUAUAGAACAAGUGAUCAGUCUGGACGCUGGCAGUCCUUAUCUCAGGUGUCACACUAAGGUUAAAUGGCAUGAAAACAGAAAAUUCUUAAAAGUGGAGUUUCCAACAUCUGUACACUCCAUGAAUGCCACAUAUGAAGUCCAGUUUGGCCAUUAUCAGAGAACCAAUCAUAACAACACAUCCUGGGACUGGGCACAGUUUGAGGUGUUUGGACAUAAAUGGGCAGCCAUUUCUGAGCACAACUUUGGAGUGGCCAUUUUGAAUGACAGCAAAUAUGGCUAUUCCACAAGAGAUGGGGUGAUGAGACUAUCUUUGUUGAGAUCUUCAAAAUCACCAGAUAAGGAUGCUGACAUGGGAACCCAUACAUUUACAUAUGCUAUCAUGCCUUUCCAAGGAAGUUUUCAGUCUGCCGGGGUGAUACAGGCAGCCUAUGAAUUAAACAACCCCCUAGAUGUGCAGACUGUUAAACUUGGCAAGGGUUUACAAGAACCCAAGAGUUUCUUUUCUGUUGAUGACCCACAAGUCAUUUUGGAAACUGUCAAAAAGAGUGAAGACAGGGACAAUGCUCUGGUGUUAAGACUGUAUGAAUGCUUUGGAGGUCACACCAAGGUCAAGCUGACUGUUGAUCUUCCGUUCAAAAAAGUACAAAGAUGCAAUGGAUUAGAGGAAAUCCUGGAAGAAGGAAAGCCCUCUGACCUGCACGUUAUUGACAACAAUAUUUAUUUGUCUUUUAAUCCAUUCCAGAUUGUUAAUUUAUUGUUAGAAUUCUAAUGGAUAAAAUUAGGCUAUUCCUGUUAGAAUUCUAAUGGAUAAAAUUUAACCGUUCCAUAUGAAUUUUUUUUUAUAUAGUUAAAAUAUGUUAGAACAUUUGUAGCAUAUUGGAAAUGUCCAUUUGAUUAGAAGCUGCAUCUUUUGAAAAAAAAGUACAUAAACAUGCAGGCUCAACUCAUACUUUAAUUCUUUUUAUCAAGUUGAUCUAUAUCAUCUGUUCAAUUUGUAUUCCAUUGACUGCAAUAGAAUUGCAGCAUAGAUGACUUUGUUGACUGUGAAUAAAUUCUCCGAUACGU